GUCACACGCGAGAGUGAAGUAUUGUCGUGUGCCAGACAUUAUAUUUUCACAAGUUGUCGGGCUGUUGUUUCGGGCGCGAGAAGAAAAGUGAGUGUUCCGUCCGUUUUCGCACGCGGGCUCCCGCGUACAGAAAGAGAAAAAAGAAAAAAAACAAAAAACAAAAAAAAAAAAGAAAGCCAAUAUUAUCUCCCCCCUCAGCGCGUUUUGAGCGCGGGGGGACGUAACCGCGACGCGCGUGAUAGAGAUUCGUCUUGUUUUUAGAUGAUGGAUGAUGAUGGGCGAUGAUGAUUGAUUUUUUUUUGGUGCUGUUUGCCGUGCGACCGAAUAUCGUUUGCGCGCGCGAGCGCGGGGGGAACGUCGUUCUUCCUCCUGUGUGAUGUUGUUCCCCGCGCGGGACACACGUCUUGUCGCGCUUCCGCCGAGAGAAGUCGGCGAUACUAUAUGUCCAGACGAUCGCGCGCCGUCCAAAAAACCGAGAGAGAACACGUCCGAAUUUUUCCGGAGUUCCGGUGACCGCAACGGGUCACAUUAAGAAAAAAAAAAAAAGAAUCGAUACUAGAGUGAGAGAGAAGGAGUGAGAGAGGAAUCUCUGGUGCGCAGCAAAGCGGGAGCGAGAGAGCCGAUCAGGACGGAGCUUCUGCCAAGUGGUCUUUCGGCGCGUUUGUAGCGGUUGGCGUUAAGCGCAUCCUUUAUAUUAAGGUUGCAAAAAAAAUAUUCAAUAUCCGCGCCGUCGGUCCGCAACGCAACUAUCUCUGGAUUCUCGUCUCGUAUAUCUUCUGUCUGUGCCGCAGCGUUCUUCCCAAUCUUGUGUCGACCGCAAUUUAAUCACACACAAAAAUGUCAUCCCGGGAUUACGACAGAAGAAGAGGCGGGAGCGGUAGCGGGAGCAGUUCGAGCAGACUGCGAAUGGACACAAGCGUUUCGCAAUCGAGAUCGUCGCAGGGAGAGAGUUCCAGCAAGAGAAAAGAACUGGACAGCGUGAUGCGAAAAGCGCGCGAGUCGCAAUCGAGCUACUGGAACAAGAAGCUGUUGGAAGCCGAAGAGCGAGAUCCGAACAGAUGGCGUCACAGCGGUUACAAGGAGUUGUAUGUGAGCGGUACGAGCAGCGGCGAGCCGAGCAGCAGAAAUCAUCCGAGAAGUCCGAGAAGUCCGAGACCCCGUAGUCCUCACAGUCCGCGUCCGCGAUCACCGCGGGCGAGAAGUCCGCGAUCGCCCCGCGAUCGUUCGUCGCGCGAGCACAACAGAGGAGGCGGCCGACCGGCCGCGCGUAGUCCGAGCACCGGUAGCACGUGUUCCGACAGAUCGUGUUCCGUUUGUUCGCCGAAAGAACGACGACGCGUCGCUCCGUUAUCCCGUUCGCGUUCGAGAUCGAUCACGCCGGUUCGGGGAGCCAGAACGCAUCCCAAAGAAGUGACCGCGUCGAGUUCGCGAGCAUUGCCGCGCGCGAGACCGCGAUCGCCGCCGUUGCCGCGUCCGCGUACACCGCCGCCGGUUCCGCAGCCGCCCCCGCGUCAUCAGAAGGAUUACAAAACUCUCAAAGAAAAGGAAACGAAAAUUCGUCGCAAAGAGAAGCACAGCAGACUGCCGGAAGAUCCUCGAAUACCGGAUCCGAUCCCAUUGCAAAUCGUAAUUUUAAUUAUUAACGUGGCCGUCAAUAACGAAUCAAUGGAUUUCGACAGAUUUGGUAAGAUGGCACAGUGGAGCGUGGAUCGCAGAGACAUGGAAAAUAUGCGUAUCACUAAGGACGGCGAGAACGCGAUGAAGGUCGUUAUAGAGGGCGAGGAGAGAAUCGCGCGUCUGGGUUAUGAUUCGCCGCCUCCCGGUCAUUAUCCCGAAUCGCUUCUUGCGCAAGGACCGAGAGGUUUCGAGUGCUGGGACGACGUGCGCGUUCGGUACGAUUAUUACAAGGCGCGUGGGUAUCUUCGAGACCUGACGAUCGAUGAUUACAUCAAGUGGGAAGAAUGGUGGUACAAGUAUCAGGAGUGGCUUGAGGCCGAACGUUUCUAUGAGCAAUGGGCAUCGUCAAAUCGAUCGUCCGGGAGCAGUCGAAAAAGGCGAGGGCGACGCAACAAUUCUUCUCAUUAAAACCACUUUCUAUGUGAAUCUACGAUUUCUUUUUUUUUUCUUUUUUUUUUUUCUUUCUUUUUUUGACCCAUCAACAAGAUAUCACACAUGUGCGCGCACACGCGCACACGCACACACACACACAUACAAACACACAAACACAGAUAUAAUAUAUAUGUAGGUAUCUUAUAUAUGUGCUUAUAUAGAGUAUAUAUAUAUAUUAUACGUAUGUACAAUAAGUAUUCUAUAUUCAUUAUGUAAUAAAAAACGUGUGACUAUGCUAAACAAAAAGUUAAAAAAUAUAUUAAACUAUUUCGGAUA